ACAGGGGAGCAGCGGAAUGUAUGUGAAGGAACCACGCUCAACUAUAGCUGUUGUGAACAGCUUUGUUGGAGUAUCUCUGUUGACAAUGCCAUUCUGCUUUCAGCAGUGCGGCAUUAUCCUGGGCUCCCUUCUGCUGUUCUCCUGCUCCUGGAUGACCUACAGCUCCAGUCUGAUGUUGCUGAAAGCAGCAAUAGCAGCUAAACGCAAAACAUACUUUGGUCUUGCUCAAAUCUCAUAUGGAAUACCUGGAAAAUUAGUUGUUGAAAUAAGUAUGAUCGGAUUGAUGCUGGGAACCAGUAUUGCUUUCUUUGCUGUGCUUGAAGAUCUGGGAGCCAACCUUUUCUUGGCUUUGACUGGAUCUGUGACUACCCCUUGGCAACGCACUUUAUUGCUGCUUGCUAUCACCUCUGGAGUUGUUCUUCCCCUCAGCCUGGCGAGAAAGGUGUCAGAUUCAGCCUGGCAGUUGUUGAUCUCUCUCAUGUUCUACAUGUUAUUAAUGAUUGUGCUGGGGCUGCACUGCCUGAACUCCGUGAUCUCUGGUGAACUAACGUUGGAGAAAGUCCACCUAUGGCAGUGGCCUGGAAUUGCUGCUACGCUGCCAAUAUUUGCCACUUCCUUCUGUGGUCACCCACUGGUGCUUCCAAUGUAUUUCAGCCUCAGAGGGCAAUCUGUGGGGCAAAUGAAAGUGAUCUGCAAGCAAGCAACCGUCACCACCUUUGUCUUUUAUACUGUAGUUGGAGUCUGUGGCUACCUGACUCUCGUUGAAGCUGUACCGGGCAAUAUACUCACUGCUCUACCCUCGGGUUUUGCAACAAAUGGCAUCUGUGCUAUUUUUUUAAUUUCACUCACAUUAAGCUUCCCAUUGAUCAUUCUACCCUGCCGACAAGCCAUCAGCACGCUCCUUUUUGAAGAAGAGAAAGAAGAUGGCACAUUCUCAGUGAGUGGAGAUUUGCCCUUUCGUCAGCAUGUGAUAACUACAAUGUUAAUAGUUUACAGUACCAUGACCGUAGGUAUCCUGGUACCGGAUGUGCAGGCUGUGUUAGCAAUCAUAGGAACCACCAUGGGAACAGUCAUUUGCUUCAUUUUUCCAUCUGUAUUUCAUGCAAAACUGCGGAAAGAUACUUUCACAGGCAGAAUCGUUCUGGGUUUUGGAAUCUUCCUGCUCCUUAUCCGUGCAUCCAGCUUUGCUAAUUUCAAUGAAGAAUUCCGAUUGCAGCCAGUCCGGAAGUCCAUGAUGCCUAAUGAAUCAGGAAAUGUAAAGAUUGCGCGAAGGAAUGUAGGGCUGACUUUACCAGAAUUGAUGGAUGAUAUUGGAAAUGAACAAUUGAAACAAAAAGGUCAAUUGUUGACAUACAAGCAAAUUACCUUAAAUAUUGGUGUCAACAAAGAAAAUGCCAGCCUAAAAGGAUUUACCAAACUGCAAGAGACCGGUUUACCCUCCACAUCUAGUACUGGGGAAAGAUUAAAGGAACUGAAAGAAACAGAAAGGACAGGAGCAUUUGUACCUUCAUCAGAAAACAAGUGGCAGGAGAAUGAUUUACCAUUUCUGGUAUUGGCUCCCAUCAUGCUGACCGUAGCACACCUUCGAACACAAUGA